GGAAGUAGAGCCCGUCCGCGCCGGUUGGCGGUUUGCGUCCUCCUCUGAGCACCGAGCGGGGUUGGAGGCGGGGCCGGACCGCGGCGUGGGGUCGCCGUGCUCCGCGCUCCUGGGCGUUCCUCCGCACUGUGCGCCCACAGGAGGAAGUCACAGGAAAACAAUCUAACCUCAGGUAAGAAUCCGAGUCAAAAUUUGGUGAAACUGAAGAGAAAUUGGACGUUCCCGUUGGCUCCAUAAGUACCUAUGGAUUAUGGCAGGAAAAGUGAAAUGGGUCACUGAUAUCGAGAAGUCGGUGCUGAUAAAUAACUUUGAAAAGAGAGGAUGGGUCCAAGUGACAGAGAAUGAGGACUGGAAUUUUUACUGGAUGAGUGUGCAAACCAUCCGCAAUGUUUUUAGUGUCGAAACUGGCUACCGGCUCUCAGAUGAUCAAAUAGUCAACCAUUUCCCGAACCACUAUGAACUGACGCGGAAGGAUCUGAUGGUGAAAAACAUCAAGAGAUACAGGAAAGAGCUGGAGAAGGAAGGGAGUCCUUUGGCAGAGAAGGACGAAAGUGGAAAAUACCUCUACCUGGACUUCGUCCCCAUCACCUACAUGCUGCCCGCCGACUACAACCUGUUCGUGGAGGAGUUCAGGAAAAGCCCCUCCAGCACCUGGAUCAUGAAACCUUGUGGCAAAGCCCAGGGAAAGGGCAUCUUUCUGAUCAACAAGCUCUCGCAAAUCAAAAAGUGGUCCCGAGACAGCAAAACAUCUUCGUUCAUGACUCAGUCUACCAAGGAAGCCUACGUGAUCUCUCUGUACAUAAACAACCCGUUACUAAUCGGUGGCAGGAAGUUUGACCUGCGCUUGUAUGUUCUGGUGUCUACAUACCGCCCACUGCGCUGCUACAUGUAUAAACUUGGAUUUUGCCGCUUUUGCACAGUAAAAUACACCCCGAGUACCAGUGAGCUGGACAACAUGUUUGUUCAUCUCACCAACGUUGCCAUUCAGAAACACGGGGAGGAUUACAACCACAUCCACGGGGGCAAGUGGGCCGUGAACAACCUGCGGCUGUACCUGGAGAGCACCCGAGGCAGGGAGGUGACCGGCAAGCUGUUCGACGAGAUCCACUGGGUCAUCGUGCAGUCCCUGAAGGCCGUGGCGCCUGUGAUGAACAACGACAAACACUGCUUUGAGUGCUACGGCUAUGACAUCAUCAUCGACGACAAGCUGAAGCCCUGGCUGAUCGAGGUGAACGCGUCCCCAUCCCUCACCUCCAGUACUGCCAACGACCGAAUCCUUAAGUAUAACCUGAUUAAUGACACCCUCAACAUCGCCGUCCCUAACGGCGAAAUUCCAGACUGUAAAUGGAACAAGUCACCCCCAAAGGAAGUCCUUGGCAAUUACGAGAUUCUGUACGACGAGGAGCUGGCACAGGGCGACGGGGCUGACCGAGAGCUGAGAAGUCGGCCGGGCCAGUCGCUGGGGCCCAGAGGGGGCCGAUCGAGAGACUCCGGGAGGACCGUCCUCACAACCUGGAAGUGACCACCAGCGAGAGCAAGACUCCAGCCUGCACCCACCCUUGCUGAAGACCUAUUUUGGAAACUCCCUUUUUCUAGAGCUUUUUUCCUUUCCUAAACCCUGUAAAUAAAUAAAGGCAUUUCUUUGGAAGGUUAA